CUAAUGAGACCCACAAGAGUUAAACCCUACACAUAUUUCAAAUUAACAAAACGGUGCAUUUUCUGCUCCUUUAACAAACCCACCCUUACAAGAGCAGUGGUUUGUUUGUGCAAUGCGAGUUUAGAGACAGCCUAUGAGGCACCAAAUAGCAAAACUAGUGAAAGAUGGACUCUACAAAGAAGCCAUUGCCCUCCACACACAACACCACUCUGCUGCUAUUCCUCCAACGAAUUUCACUUUUCCUUACAUCCUCAAAGCGUGCGGCGAGCUCAAGGCAACAUCACAGGGCCAGAUGCUCCAUGCCCACCUCCUUAAAGCUGGGUAUAACAAUAAGCAUACUACAACGGACCUCACCAAUAUGUACAUGAAACUUGGCUUUGUUGGGAGCGCCGGAAAACUGUUCGAAGAAAUUCCUCACCCAAGUGUAUCUAUUCUUAAUGUUGUGAUUUCCGGGUUUUCACAUAAUGGGCUUUUUGAGGAAGGUUUUAGCGUCUUUAAACUGUUUAGUGUACCUAGUCUUAGGGUUGAUUCGGUUACGGUAGCUAGUGUGGUGUCUGCGUGUGGGAAUGUCGUGAAUGGGGUGCAAGUGCACUGUUUGGCGGUGAAGAUUGGUGUGGAAAGGGAUGAUUAUGCUGCCACGUCGCUUAUGACGAUGUAUUUGAACUAUGGGGAGUUGGGUUCUGCUGCAAGGUUGUUUGGAUCAAUUGAGAACAAGAAUGUGGUCUGUUACAAUGCUUAUCUGUCAGGCCUUGUGCAGAAUGGGGAUGUUGAAAUGGUGUUACGUGUGUUUAAGGAAAUGCGAGGAUUGUUAUAUGAGAAACCUACUGUGGUGACAAUGAUUUCUGUGCUCUCUGCUUGUGGAAGUGGUAAGUGUAUACUACUUGGUAGGCAGCUUCAUGGGCUUAUAGUGAAAGAAGAAUUGGAGACCGAUACUAAUGUUGGGACUGGUCUUGUGGAUAUGUAUUCAAAAUGUGGUUCUUGGCAAUGUGCCUAUAGUGUAUUCAGAGAAAUGGGAAAUAACAGGAAUUUGAUAACAUGGAAUUCGAUGAUAGCAGGACUGAUGUUAAAUGAUCAAAGUGAAAAUGCUACUGAACUUUUUGUUGAGUUAGAAUGUGAAGAACGGCUGGUAGCUGACUCCGCAACAUGGAAUUCCAUGAUCAGUGGUUUCUCGCAUCUAGGAAAAGCAGAUGAAGCUUUUCUCUUCUUCAGAAAGAUGCUAUGUAGUGGUUUAGUACCUAGUGUGAGAUGUAUAACUAGUCUGUUAGCAGCUUGUUCAUCUCUAUCCAUGCAACAUUAUGGAAAGCAGAUUCACGCAUAUGUUGCAAGAAUGAAGAUCACUGAUGACGAAUUCUUGGCAACUGCAAUAAUUGACAUGUAUAUGAAAUGUGGGCAACCUUCUUGGGCGUACAAUGUUUUCAAUCAGUUUCAUGUAAAGCCUAAGGAUCCUGCAUUCUGGAAUGCUAUGAUUUCUGGGUAUGGAAGGAAUGGGAAUAAUACAGCUGCUUUUGAUAUUUUUAAUCAAAUGGUUGAGCAAAAAGUUAAACCAAAUUUAGUUACUUUCAGUUGCCUAUUAUCUGUUUGCAGCCAAACUGGCCUAGUUGACAAGGGAUUCGAGGUUUUCAGAUUGAUGACUGUAGAAUAUGCUUUGGAUCCAACACUGAAACACAUGAAUAUCUUGAUUGACCUCCUUAGUCGUUCAGGCAGGCUAGAUGAAGCCUUUGAACUCCUUCAAGCAUCAAAAGAAACUUCUGCGACUGUUUUUGCUUCUCUCCUUGGAGCUUCUAAGCAUUAUUCAGAUUCCAAGCUAGGAGAAGCAAUGGCUAGCAGACUAUUAGAAUUAGAGCCUGAGAACCCUAUUCCUUUUCUGAUUUUGUCUAACAUAUAUGCUGGACAAGAGAAGUGGAAAGAUGUGCACAAGAUCAGAAAGUUAAUGGACAAAAAGGGACUGAAGAAACACCCUGGCCUUAGUUCAGUAGGAGUAGCAUAAAAAGGAGCAGCAUGUACUUUCUACAACUGGCAAUACUAUCGGUUGCUUGGUUGUACUUUCGCCUUAAAUGAUGUGUGGUUACAGCAUUCCUUAACACAAAAAAACUUAAAGUAAUCAUCCAAGAAGUUUGGUCAUUCAGUGAUAAACAGGAGAUCACAUCUCCCAGGUUGAUUAUGCCAUCUUCAUUGUCCUUGCCUGCAGCAGCAUAGAUUCUCUGCUCGGAAGCAAGUGAGUCUAUCACAUUGCCAAGAGUUGAAUUCCACUUGCAUGUCAUCGUCUUGACAGUCUUCCAAUUGACAUUGAUUCUGGAAGCAGUAUGAAGUUGCGGACGGUGAGUCCCUGCAGUCAAUGUAGAGAUAGACUAUAUUUUUGAGUGGAGGAUCGUAGAAGCCGGACUCUUUUUCAAUUCAUACAAUUAGCUGACAGAAUUUCAAGGCGGUAAAUUUAGCCAAUUUUGCUCUUCAGGUAGUCUGCUGAAUGUUUCUCGACACCGUAGUACUAAUUUAGAUCCACAUUGCUAUCUGUUGAAACUGCUAUUGCUGGAGGGGGAGGCAUUUUGCAGCAGCAAGGUCUUAUUGCAGCUCCAAGAUUUCUAUAGAUAACAUCUGAAAUUUGUGAAUCCUUCAGGCUUGAGCAUCCAGAACCUGAAACCUCUUAUACUGAAGUUGCUGAGAAUUUCCCUUUUGGCCCCUCAAUAAGCAGUACUCGCCCAAUUUGUUUCUCUCUCAUUUUCUUGAAUGCCCAGAAUACAUUCGAUGGCAUGAAAACUUACAACGGGAUGGAUAAUGGAAGAUUGUUACUAAGCUAAUGUCAGAUAUUGUGUUACCUGGGAAGCAGUCAGCUUGCGGUAUGGGCUCAUGCCAUGAACCUAUAAUCACAUGUCUAAAGCAGUUACCGGGCUCUGACCUAUCUGGAAUAACUGCAGAAUCAGUAAUGAAGUUUUUAAUGGAUGACCUCCUGGUUUCAAUCAGAGGUACCUACUGAGGCCUAUAUUUUGAUGGCAGCAGCAGCAAGUCUCUCUGCUUCAACCGGAUCAAGAAGUUGGCUUUAGCAGCAUUUCAAGAUGGAUCCUUUUUAAGUAAAACCAUACAGACCUGUCUGAUGGGUGCAUUCGUAUGCCCCAUUAUCAUUCUUGAUGAUAGAUCAGCAACUCAUUUGAGAAGAUUCUUAAAGCAGUUUUGCUCCUUUUAGCAAAAUCAAAAGCUUAUAUGUACAUGCUGUGUUCCAUCCUACCUUGUGGCUUGCUAAAUACUUGCUCUGUAGGUAUAUACAUGUAAAACAAAUGAUCACAUCGUUUAUAAACUAGUUUCUGUAUUAUUAUUA